CCAUUCUAUACUGUAACUAGGUAAUGCUAGCAAUUCUUCACUUUUGAAAUUUUGCUUAUAGAAAUCAUAGAAAAAUUAUUAAAUUAAUAGUGAUAUAAAUUCGGUUGAAUAUGGAUAUGUAAUUAAAAGUACAGUAUGAUGGUAUCAAAACUAAGACUAUUUGUAAUUCUUAUAAUAUGUGGAUCUGUAGUACUAUUUAUAACACAUUUAUCUGUGUUCAAUAAAAAGUCUUUUCGACUUGUUAAUUCAGUUAAUGUUUUCACUCAUAAUCACUUUAACGAGAAUCAAGAAACAAGACAAUUUGAACAGAAUAAACAAAAUACACAAGCAAUUAACGAUGCAAUUGCAGACAAAGACACUGAAGAUAAAAAUAAAGACUCAUUUCGGAAACACGGGGAAAAAGUACCUGUUGUGAAUGUUAAAGUUGAUGAGACUAAUAUAAAAAAUGUAGAAGAAACUAAUUCAGAAAAGCAUAAUACAGAGACUACACAAGUUACUGAAAGUGCUGUCAACAUAAAUAAAAAUGUUGAAAAAAACGUACCUUUGAGCAAAAAAGAGGAAAAGAAAGAAGAUAUAUCAAAAUUACCUGCUUGCUCGAAAAGAGGAGUAAAUUUAGUUGGACCAUUAUUUAUUGACCAAACCAUACCCAAGAAAAUCGAAGAUGUAGAAAAGAUUCUCAGUGUUGACUUUGGAGGGACUGUUGAAAAUGGUGGUUGGUGGGAACCUACAACAUGUAAACCAAGAGUAAAGGUUGCUGUUAUCAUCCCAUACCGAAAUCGUUUGGAACAGUUGAAGAUAUUUUUGAGACAUAUGCAUCCAUUUUUGCAAAGACAGCAGAUUUACUACAGAAUCAUAGUGGUUGACCAGCUUUUAGAAGAUCCGUUUAAUCGAGCUGGACUGUUUAACGUUGGUUUUGUUGAAGCCUUGAAACUGGCAGACUUUGAUUGUUUUGUGUUUACUGAUGUUGAUCUUUUACCCGAAGACGAUCGUAAUUAUUAUGGCUGCCCUACAUCACCAAGACAUAUGUCAGUUGGGGUCGAUAAAUUUAAUUACAAGUUGCCAUAUCAAACCAUAUUUGGAGGAGUUGGUGCUUUUACCAAAGAUGACUUCGAAAAAAUAAACGGAAUGUCGAAUAUGUUUUGGGGAUGGGGUGGCGAAGACGAUGACUUGUAUGCAAGAAUAACACAAAUGGGAUUUAAAUUGACAAGACCAUCAAUUCAAAUUGGAAGAUAUACGAUGGUUCGAAUUCAUCAUUUCCAAAGCUCUAAGGCUGAUCCAAACAGGAUGAAUUUACUGCAAAAUUCUAAGCAACGUAUGGUGGCGGAUGGGUUGAACACACUAAAAUAUAAUCUUAAAGAAGUAGUACAAGAUCCUAUAGUAACGUACGUACGAGUAGAAAUGAAACGAAGUAUGUAUAUGUCCAAUAGGUAGCUGUUUUAGGGUUGUUAGAAAUAUCUUGGAAAUGUUAAGUUACUAUUCAAAAUAGUAAGUGAAGAUAAUCUGUCGAAGUUAAGGUGGCAAGAAAUCGUUUCAAAUUGUAAAUAAUCAAUCGAUGUAUAAUUUUUAAUGACUAAAAUGUUGCAAGUUCAUCAUCGCAUGCAUUACAAAUAAUUUUACGCUAAGUCAUGGAUUGGUAAAAGUUCUGUUGAAGACUGUUAAGGAUAGUUUCUACUGCUAUGAUAUAUUGUAUGCAAUGUUAUUCAUAUUAAUUGUAGGGGCUGGUAUUUCAUGAUUAUGUGGAUAUAAAUAGUAGACACGUUUGUAUUGCUAAUUCUUAAAUACACAAAAAACCAACGAGAUGUUCAAUUCUUUUGAAAUUGAGCUACAAGUUUCUUCAAAUCCAACUGAUUUCAUUAAGAAAACAACUUUGAAAAACGUAAGCUUUGAAGUUAAAAUAGCUACAUUAAGAAGGUAUUCAAAUUGUUUGUUAUUAUAUUAGCUGACUACCUCGUGAAGUCGCUCCUUUACUUGUAUACAUAUUUUGGAAUAAAUUGUCCCUCUAGAAUGACAUCGCAAUGUGCGAACGUACUCAUGGUUAGCUUUACAUUGCUUCACCCUAGCUGCAAAAUGCUCCCAAAUUUACUGGACAUCUUUAGAAUAAUCGCUGUUAAGCCCUCGUUUUCAUGUUUAUUGAUACCACCGUUUUUAUCAACAAAUUGAGGGUGAUUUUGUUAAUAUUUUACAGUCCUUUUUUAUUUAUAAUGUUUUUUUUAAUGUAUACGUUUUAUUUUUGCGCUAGCAACAUUUGAAAGAACAAGUAAAAUGGAAAGUUUUUAGUGAAUUUUUAAGAAGCGUGACCAGAUGGUCGAAAUGGAAACUUUUCAGUUGAGUAUAAAUGUUACGUUUUUUCAAAAAAUUUUAAUGUUUUUCUUCAGCUUCGCGCUAUUCGUAUUCCUUGCUAGCGUAUCUUGUAGUACUAGUUUUCGCGAGGAUUUAAUUACGCGGAUUUUUGUGCAAAAAUACGAGGAUAUAAUUUUCCCUAAUAAAGGAAAAAGUUCACAUUUUUUUAAUUAAAAAGCAUCUCUACAAUGAAACUUACACUACACUGUUAAUAAUCCUUUGUGUCUGGACACGCAUUUUGAUGAUUUUUUAACAUGUGAAUGAAACUUUCUCCCUCUUAAUUUUGCGAAUUCAUUUAAAUCAGCGAAAGCGCGAAAAUUAGUACGCGCAAAAAUUAGCGUUAAGGUAGUCAUUAUUUCAUUUCUGUAUUUUUUUGUUGUCAUAUUUCCUCUCGUUAAAUUUGAGUUCGGCGUUCAUAGGCUGAAGUUCGUUUUUUUUAAUGUUUUUUAACUCUGGGUAAAAUAGAAAAUGUUUUUUUUCAACACCGUGGCCUAAAUGUAAACAUCCUAGUUAUUCGUCACCUCCAGAAAAAUUCGUCAUCUCUGUGCGACAUUUUUUAUCUUAUAAGACACGAUAUAAACAUCGUAUUGUAAGAUUUAUCGAAGUGUAGCUUUCUCUUUUUUAUCUUUCCUGCUUUCGAAAUAGUAUGCCCCGUUUUCGAGUUUUUUUUAAGGUUUUUAUAUUGAAAUUUUAGAAUUGUUUUUACGCAGUUAGGAGAGAAUAAUGUAAUGUAUGGAAAGAUACCAACACUGUCUACCUUAAUUUAUUUAUGUUUCAAAAUUAUGAAUUUUUGAACAGAAAUAAAAAUUAAAUUGA